CAUUGGCCAAACAUCAAAACAUUGGCAAAUCCACCCAAGACGCCAACGAGUUUGGCGUUCCGGAAUCCAAAUUGAUCUUCGAACGCCUAACAUAUCUUGAGUGAGCGUGUUAGUAGCACAUAUGAAGCUCCAUAGUGCUUUGUCCGAUAAAACGGACUUUGCCCCGGACGAUUAGCCCAAUCUGGCUUUUGAACUUGUAGUAACUGUCUGGCUCUCUCAACAACAAGUCAGUCAGAAUUUGGACGUCAACGUGGCAGGACACUCGAGAAACGUUCACGGAUUAUUCAAAACUGAGGCGACAUCGAAUCCAACAAAAACGAUUAGACCAACCAACGAUUUCUCUACAAUGGCUACAAACUACGUCUUGGUGAGCUCGAGUGCCUCUUGUGAUAGUUCUAGCGAUGAUGAGACUCUCAACCCGAAAAAAAUCGACUUCUCAUAUCAAGGCUUGGUCUCCGAGGUCUUGGAGGUGAACCUGGUCGAGAUGUCAGAGUCUACGGAAAGAGAUCAGAUCGAAAAAAUCCUUCUGUACAACAACAGUUUGGAUUCGAUGGCGAAUGCGCUCACCAUCUUCCGUAACAUCAGCGUCCUAGAUCUCAGCAACAACCUCAUCUCGGAGCUCCCGGAAAAUCUCAACACCAUGGUGAAUCUGACCCAGCUCUUCCUGCGCAACAAUCUCUUAGAUGAUUUGAGCUUUCCCAAGACCAUGGCCUCCAUGAUUCGAUUGAGAGAUUUGAAUCUAUCCGGAAAUAGGCUCACGACCAUCCCAUCGGCCGUGCUUGGCGUGGUGAGUCUGCGAAAUCUCUUUUUGGGUGGCAACCGACUGGCCGAGAUUCCACGGGGCAUCAAAAACCUGAAGCGUUUGCGGGUGUUCUACCUGGGGGGCAACCAAAUUCGAGCUCUUCCCAGUGAAAUCUGUCAGUUGUCCAACCUACAUGCCCUGAUUCUUUGUGAUAACCAAUUGGAGUCCUUGCCUGAAUGUAUCUGUUGCCUCAAGAGGCUAGAAUGUCUCCAACUUCAUCAGAACCGCCUAACCACGCUCCCCGAGGGUCUUAUUCGCCUUAAGAGUCUCUCCGAGCUUAGCUUGCGAGACAACCCAUUGGUUGUGCGAUUCAUCCGAGAGAUGACCUACCAGCCCUCCUCACUUCUGGAGCUCACUGCCCGAGUGAUCAUCACCAAUCGCAUCGAAUACCAACCCGAUGAUUUACCACACACCCUCCAUAAUUAUUUGCACUCUUCACAUCAGUGCGUCAAUCCUAGGUGCCGAGGCGUGUAUUUUAACACCCGAGUGGAGCAUGUCAAGUUUGUGGACUUUUGUGGCAAGUACAAGAUCCCGUUGCUUCAAUAUUUAUGCUCACCUCUGUGUAAGGCCGAUGAUCCGGCUGUGGCUCAAGGGGCGCAGAACUUGGAGGACGAGACCAGCAUCAUGAGGAGGGUCCUCCUGGGUUGACACAUGCUCACAUACAACUACGAUACUGCUCCCAUUGCAGAGAGCCCCCUCAUCAAUUGCAAUUUCAAUCGGAUAAUUGAUCAACGUAUUUUGAAAUAUAUUAAGAUUAGAUAUG